AAUAAUAACAGAAAAACAAAGUGACUACCGUGUACCCUCCCGCACCCCGUGUGUGUGUGUGUGUGUGCAAAAAGGAUUCGAUGGAAAAUACAGACAGAAAGAAUAACGGAAACGCAGGCAGGCCACACAGACCGUACACACAGAUGCAGCCAAGUUGGGUAGGUAGGGGUGGGCCACACACAGACACACACACACACACACAGACACACACAGACACACACACAGACAGACAGACAGACACACAGACAGACAGACACACAGACAGACAGACAGACACACAGACAGACAGACACACAGACCGUACACACAGACGCAGCCAAGGUAAGUAGGUAGGGGUCGGCCACACACACACGCACAUACAGCGAAGUGAUAGGAAAACGAGGCAAUCGAAAACUUACUUGACAGCGCAUGAAAGCUCAGGAAUCAUUUCAUCUACCGAGCACGGGACCGCCCAGGCGAUACACGCCGGCCGGUGCUUUGCACUCGGGCCACACACACAGGACGUCACACACGCGCAUCACUAUAAAGUCACACACAAAUGAAUUUGCAAUGCACACAGGCGGCACGCUGUCUUGGUGCCUGUGUGGUGUGUCUGGGUCGGUCCGUCUAGGCGACCAUUCUGCGAGAAACAGACAGACAGACAGAGCACAUACAUCAUCCAUCUGGCGGUGCUCUGCCCUGCCCCGCCCUGCCCUGCUGACCUGCGGGCAUCCCGCGACACUUCAUUGGCCACGGCAGCGGAGAUGUCCUGGAAGAGCCGGUAGAAGUCCCUGACGCGGAAGUCGGCGACGUCGUGGAUCCCCUUGACGUAGUUGCGGCUCGUGAGAUAGAUGCGCUCGGGGGGGAUUUGGAUUGCUGGCACGCCAGACUCUGCUGGUGGGUUUGCGGCCUUGGAGAUCACAUUGGCGCGGGCGGCCUCGUACGUCUGCUCAGCCGUGGGAGGCUCCUGGCCUGCGUCCUCAGCGUCGGCAAUGGCGUUCUCGACGGCGUUGUCCAUCUUGCUGCGCACAACGAGCACAGGGACGCGAUGACGAGGGCACUCCUUGUAGAUCUGACACGAGAAGACACACACGGAGACAGAGACACGGAGAGAGGGGUGACAGUCCAGAAAAGAGCCCUCCCGGUCAUGUGCUGACCUUGUGGUCAAUCGCGCGCAACCGAUCGGCGACGACGAGCAGGACGAUGGUGGCGUAUCUGAUCCCAAUCAUUCGGGGAUAUGUAUCCUCGGGCACAAGCAACGUCCCUGCCCCUGGGCAGAAGCGACAGAGAAAGGAUACACAAACUCUCCUCUGUUUCUCUGUGCCCCCCGUCUCUCUGCUUCCUUUGCCCCGUCACUGCCCGCCCACCCGGUGUGUCGAUCAUGAUAGCCAGGUGGAAGAGUGGGCUGGCCUCGGCGAAGGUGUAGACGGUGGGUCUCUCCGUGCACUCGCCAAGAGCACUCACAGCGGCCCGCGCAACAGUGCGGUCUCCCCUGCCCAGCGCGUGGACAUUGCCGAUAACUUGCAUGAGCAGGUUGAUCAGCUUCGACUUGCCGGUGCCGCAGGCCCCGCAGAUCAUCACCUGUGCCCUGUUCGGGUGAUCCUUCAUGGCCUGCUUCUGGUACUCGGUCCUCGGAUAGUCCUGCUCGAACUUGCGCUUCCUCUCCUUUUCCUCGGCGAGGGCCUUGCGGGCUCCCUCAUCUUGCGCGGCAAACAAUUGUUGCUCGUGACGGCGCUGCAGGUCUGCCUCGUUCUGAUGACGAUUGGGUUUCGCCAUCUCUACGGCCCGUCCGAGCCGCGAGUUUCCCG